CGAAGGUCUUUGUAAAAUAAAAAAAGAUGAGAAAGUUGGGUUUAGUGCAGUGAUAUGUUGUGUUUUAAUUUUUAAAGAACAAGUAUAUUAUCACAAACAUUUAAAAAAAGUACAUACAUAUUUGUUCUAUACACAUAUCUAAAAAGCAUACAUCACGUUUUAAGUUCAGAAUUUCACAUUUAGAUACAUAUAUUUUAACUGUUUUGUUUACAAUAUGAUUGUGCAAAAAUCUCCAGAGCCUCAUGAAAAACCAUUCGCUUGUACGGCGAAGGGCUGCGACAUGACAUUUACCAAUAAAGACCACCUAGAAUGGCACAAUAAAAAGCACGAAUUGAUGCUGAAUCUGAGCAGCAAAAACAACAACGAAAUUGCAGACCAAACUCCUACACCGACAAGAUUUAUCAGAAAUUGCGAGGAAGUUGGACUUUUCCAGGACUUGCAAAACGUGAAUCCCUUCGAUGAGAUAUUUAAAAAAGCCGCGGAUCUGGCUAAAAACGGCGUUACAAUUGAAUUCCAGUCAAAUAAUUCUAAUGAUACCUUACACACUCCACAUAUUUUACCGCAUAUUACUGACAAUCAUUUAAAAACUCCCACAGUGAAUAACAAAAACGAUAGUGACUGUGAACCCUUCGAUUUUACAACGAACAAUUCUGAUUCAAACGAUUCCAUGAUGGUAAUCGACUUGGAAAACAGUUCAGACGAGAAAACCGUGCAGAAUGAAGAAAAAAAUCGGAAUAUUAAGAAACAAAUCAAAGAAAAUUUGCUAAACAAAAAAAUGCCUCUGAUCAAAGUUGUUCCUUUACACGAUUUGAGAGGCGAAAGAAACAACAAUGAAAAUAUAUCAAAGUCAACUAGAACAGAAAUUGUAAGGGAAAUGAAUAGGGCUGCUCAGAUUAGAUGUAGGAAAAAGAAGAAGCAGGUGUGGAAGGAGAUGGAGCAAGAAAUCGCAUCUCUGAGAGAAGAGAAUAAGAGACUGAAGUUUGAAUUAGUGGCUUUGAGGUUGGAGCAUGAUAAAUGUAAAGAAAAUGCAAGGGAUAGCGGUUCAAUAUCGUUAAUGGCGACAACACUAGAAACAUCACGAACAUCGAAUCCAGAAUCAAAAAUCACAUCACCAAUACAAAUGCCAUUGGUAAUUCAAAUUAUACCAAAUACUUUGAUAGUACCCACAGCUGCAGAUCCAGAAGAUGAUGUUGAGACGUUGACUUCUCAAGAAGUUGAAACUGAAAAUCAGACCAAGACUAAAAUUAAGCGGUCAUUUAGAAAAAUCGCUCCUAGGAUACAAAUUAAAAAUAGUUAGUGAUUUUACUAAAAAUAAGACUAAAAAUACACUGUUGCCAUAAUAUUGUGAAAUGUAUGACAGAUACAGAGGUGCCAUCUCCAGAUUUAUUUAGUAGGUUUUUUCCAGAAGCAAGUUCUAAACUUUUCAAGCAGGCUUAGUUAAUUCUCAUAAUAUUUCAAGCAAGCGAAAUUUAAUAAUAUCAAAUUCAACCAAAAUGUUUCGUUUCCUAAUCAUUAAUUUGACAUCAAACUGCUUUCUUUUGGCGUGAUUAGAUUCUAUAGAAAUUUUAUCCGAAUAGAACCAUUGUCGAUUAUUCGAUUAACUCCAGAAACCAUUAAAGGUCGGUCCAGUCAUUUUGUCUCAAUUGCCCGGUGUCAUUUUCUUAAUAUGUCUUCAUUCAAUACUUCCCGUUGUGGUAACUUUUUAACCGACUUCAAUGUCUUCUCAAUGUGUCAAAAUAUUUUUUUUGUGUAUUUUCAGCGAUAAUUCUUUACCACGUUUUCCGAUUUCUAAGAUUCUUUUUUGUUAGAAAGGGGUUACCUUGGGGGGUGGUCCCAUAUUAAGUUGGUCAGGAUCUGAUGAUGGGAUCCAUGAGAAAAUCAUCAAACUCUUCAUAUUUGGAGUUGAUUUUUUAACAUUACUUUUAUAACUGGUAAUUUAUUGUUAGUCGUUUUACUGUAAAUUUGUAAAGCCGAGAGUACUCAGCGUAAUCAAAAAAUAAUUUUUAUACAUUGAUGUGUUCGAAUCAUCCUUCACUUCAUGUUUAGUAUAUACACACCAUUCCCAGUUUUAGUUAUAUAGUUACAAUUUGUUUGGAAAGCAUUAACUCUUUCCACUUGUGACGUCAUGAUUUAGGCAGUCUAUUAAUCGAAAGAAAUAUACGACCCAACUUGGCAACAGUGUAUUUCAUUACCAACUGGUACACGCUCAAAAGUAAAAUUACUAUAAUGCAAACACAAACGUCACAAUCAUAGACCUAGGAUACAUAGAGGGAUCUUAAGAAAGAGGCAGACUACAUAUUCAAUGUUAAGCUGAUGUCUCUCUAAUAUAUUGCCGAG